AUGUCUACUGUUAACGAAGACGGCCUUGAAUCGCGGAUAUUACGAGCAGCAACCACCAACACCGAAUUACCCGACUUUCCUGAUGAUCAAAGUGAUCUUCCCUCUGAUUUUGAGUAUGUACCCGAUGAAGAAGAGGAAGUGGAAGAAGUGGAGGAAAUGACAGAAACCGAACUAUUACAGUACUUGGAUCAACAAGAUAAUCCACUCAUGGUAGCACAGCGUCUAUUUUAUCAUGAACUGAAUACCUUGAACGCACAGAAACAUGAACAUGACUGGAAACUGAAGUGUCUCACAACUAAAGCAAUCGAAGAUCUUUAUGCACAUGGCUGGACACAAAUGGAUACUCUUUUAGAUCUCGAAGUAGUCAAAGGACUAAGACGCGAAGCUGAUACAAUGUUGUCCAACGGGGAAUUUACAGCUGCAAGUGAAAUCAAGAGCAAUGAAGAAGAUCCUUAUCGUGAUACAAAUGCCCGAGAUGAUAUGAUUAAAUGGGUUGAUCCAGAAAACAAUAACAUCAAUCCACCUUAUCUUCAAAAAGUGCUUGAUUUUAUCAGUGGAUCAUUACAUGAUGAUUUGGCUUCAAUGAUUCGAUUACAUGGAAAAACAGAAUAUCAAUUAGCUUAUUAUCAUCCCAAGGAUGCACAAUAUGAAAAACAUCGUGAUGCUCUUCCAACCGAUAAUCCUGAUGAUACUUCUCAACGACGCGUGACGGUGAUUCUCUACUUAAAUCCAGGAUUUUGUGGUGGUGAUGGUGGUGAAUUGAAGAUUUUUGGAAAUGAAAAUGCUCAAGGAUGUCUGGACUCUGCUGAUCGUGAGAUUCAUCCCUUAUUAGGUCGUGUGGUGAUAUUUCUUAGUGGGGUGGUGGAUCAUGCUGUUUUACCUGCCAAAAAGGAACGAUUUGCAUUGACGGCUUGGAUGCGUUGA